CAAAACUCUAACUCACCGUAACAGAUACAGUAACUUCAAACAGGAUGUUGAAGGUGAUCAAGGUGACGUUGACGAGACGUACUGCUGUAUGGAGCAAGGUUUUGCUGUUAUUGCUUGCUGCAGUGGUCACAACCUCAACGUCCUCUUCUAGCGUCCCAGAAGUGCCAGCUACACGAGCAGCAUUUCUUAAGCCAGCACCUCCGCCAGUCGUCGAGAACACCAGGACGCAAGAACAAAUAGAGCGUACACUUCUACAAGAACUAGAAGAGGAAGCAGAACAAGACGAAGAAGAUCAAAGUAACAUCUGGAGUUCUUGUAUGAAGACGACCAGCACCAGCAAAAACAGCUCUCCUCGUCAAGAAUACCACAUCAAGAUUCAAUCUACAGAACUGCUUCAUUCCGUUCCAUACAUUUCGGGUCUAAACACGCUAGAGGAAGAUAAAUUACCGGACACGGAGAAAGAAAAAAGAGCUGAACUUGCUCCAUCAGAAGUUAGAAGAACGAUUGCACCAAGCGGCGGGUCAACGGAUUUUUACGGGCGAUUUCUAGUACUACUUGUCAUGAUGUUGACUACGAUCUUCAUUUUCCCAAGCGCAGACGUUUUCUUAACGUGCCACUCCUGCCAGUUUCAGUUACAGCAUCAAGUAUCAACAGUUAUCGAUCUCUAAAAACAAGUACCCCGUUCAGUUCCAGUUGAAGUGCGGCCUCCGAAUCUGUUCAACACUGCUGGUCCAGUCGAAGUGCGGCUUCCGAAUCUGUUCAGGCACGUGGUGGAGCAUCGUUUCUUCCAACGCAUGAAGAAGAUCAAGCAACUUGCGCAAGCAUACCAUGUCUUUCCAAAUUACGAGACUACCAUGACGAACGAACCUUCUAAAUGACCUUGAUGGUGCGUCGUGGUCGACCUCUCUCUCUCUACUCUCUCUUUCUCUCUCUCUCUCUCUCUCUCUCUCUCUCUCUCUCUAUCAGCAUCAACCUGUUCUUGCGGAAGCCACGUUUGCUCGCUGAUGUCUUCUACUCUGCUGCGCUUUUCUUGUUUAACAAGCCUGAUUUUUCCUGAAAUUUGACUUCGAGUUUUGUAUCUUUUUCUUUUUCUCAUUAUCUGCUAAGCCAUUUUUAGGUCGCACUCCUUCAGCUUCAGCAGAACUGGCCAGCACCCUUCAUAUCCAUGCAGUGCAUACGAGGUAUGAGCAUUCUUUGGGCGUCGGGCAGAUGGCAUGGGAAUUGCUGCAACUGCUCGAGAGCAAAGUGUUGGAGGACGAAGCGGCUGGCCUAUUUCCAAGUUCUUCUUCUAGUAGAAGUGGGCAAGACAAUGUUGAGAAGGUGGGUGUCGAAGGUUGUGGAGCUUCAUCAUCCGCCCAUAGUGGAACUCCCACUACUCGUGCAUUUUCACCCGACCACGAGGACCCAUUACCUUCUAGCGUGACAAGAAUUUCAACAAGAGCAUCUUCAAGCAUCAAGCCUUCUACUCUGCUUCUCGAACUGAACGAUCGAGACCGAGUUUGUAUCGUCUUCGCAGCAAUGACGCAUGACUUAGGCCAUCCAGCUUUCUCACAUGCUUUCGAGGUUUUCAUGCGUGAAAAUGGUCGUCCCUCUUGGUCCCACGAAGACGCUAGUCGUCAAUUGAUAGCCACGCUCUGGCAAGAAGUCUAUCCGAAAAUUGAAGCGGACUACAAUGUUAUGGCACAUGAUGCUGAAGUUGAUGGUGUUAUUUGUUUUUUUUGAUCCAUGAGAAACAAAGAAUUUUCUUCUCUUCUUCCCAGAUCAAGAAGAAGCAACAUGAGGCAUUGUCAAUAUGCUUCACGUUCACAUUUGCUUUUCUAACAGAGCCAUGAUCCGUCGCGUUUACACCCAAAAAAGCAACACGCAAGAAGAAGAGGAAUUUUUACGCUCUAUGUUGUUGCAGUUUGACGUGGACAAGGACUUACAGUUUAUCCAGGAACUAGUAGAGCUUCCGGCGAAAAAGAGGCUACGCGCCAGCCUCGGCGAGGCAGUGGAUAAGUUAUGCCACAUGUUGAUACUAGUAAGUGAAUGAGUCCAUAUCCAGUAGUGUCAACAUCAUCGACGUCACCUUAGUAGGCUAUUUUGUUUCUUCUUUGCCUCGAUUCAAAUUCAAAAUGUUGGGUUCUUGUCAUGAAUAGACGAUUCAUCCAAGUGGGCAUCUUCUAAUCUUUCCAUCCUCCACCACCAUUCAUCGCACUACAAGACCCGACAAAGCGGCUGUGAACUACAUCAGCAAUACCAUCAACUUCCAAACCCUUUGGUCCCAGCAUGUGCAUGGACGCCCAGUUCACUAUAGUUGGGCCUACGAGAUAGUGAGCAAUUGGCGGGGUGGGAUAGACGUGGAUCGCUUAGAUUACUUCGUUCGCGAUGCUUAUCAUGCUGGGGUUGCGAGUCCAGUUCAGUGGCGUCAAUUCUUAAACUCAAUGCGGAUUGUGGUAACUUCUACUACGACGAGGACAACAUCAUCUGAACCUGAAGACAUUACUGCAUAUAGUACUUGUACUAGAACUACUAACAACAUUUUCUUGGGAUUGGGAGAGCAGGAGGAUCAUCAUGAGUUCCAAGAAGAUCAAGGUCAAGGACAAGAUGUCGAAGAAAAUAUGAUCUGGACCAUUGGUUUGCCUUUAGGGAAAGAAUUUGAGUACCGAUAUUCGCUCUUCGAAUGGCGCAUGCAGAUGUAUGAACGUAUCUAUCGGCAUCCAGACGUCGUAAAAAUCGAGACUUGCCUUCGUAGGGCUUUGCGAAUGCUUUCUUAUUCUUCUUCAGGAAGGAGCGCUGGGUCUUCGAGUUGUUCGGCGACAUCUACUUCGACCUCCAGUGGUCGUGCAUUGCGGAUGCCUUCCUCAGGGUGCUCUUUGAGGACGUCGGACUCAAGUGUAGUGCCAGGUGGCCGUUCUUUGACCUCGUCAUCAGCGUCGCACUCUAGUUUUCAAAGAAUAAUGGCCGCAGCCGACUUAGAGCAUUUUGAUGCCGAGGAAUACAUUACGCUUACAGACGAAAGCGUUUACAAGUUGGUUUUCGAAAAUCCACGCGCAGCUGCGUAUCUACGCUACGCUAAAGAAUAUUCACUCAGAGAUAUUGGCCGAAUUGAAGUACUAAAUUCUUGUGCUGAUCCUGCUCCGGACCGACUGUCUGUCGUUUCAAAACUCUUAGAUGAGAAAACGCGAAUGCAAGAAAUGCAGGCGCUGCGCAGUUUUGUGCAGGGGUCUGUAAGUUAUGGCGAACGGUAACGUCUAGGUGGUCUACUAAAAAAACUCAAAUAGAAUCGCAUUCUUUCUUCAAAAACAAAAUAUGCAGCUCUAAUUCGAGCCCCCCUUGAGCAGUGGCAUACCCGACCCCGUGGUUGAAUCACACGACGCCAGCGACAACGAGGAAAGCCUUUUUGAGAACUUGAUCGUGAUACCAGAAGAGCUGCAUGCCGGAAACAAAGAUUGCGAUCCUUGUGAAAAUAUCGCUUUUUUCGUACGCGACAUGGACGUAGACAUUCUUCUUGAAGACGCUUCAAGAUCAUUUCGGGGAGGACCGUUGCUCAGAACGAAACCAACAUUGACGUGCAAAAUGGGUGGUGUACUCGGCAGCAGCGCUGGCUCUUUCAUGAAACGGCAGUUAAAUUUCUACUUCGAUAGCCCCAAAGAGUGUGGAAAGUGCGGGAAGCGGUUUUGCUUGGACUCAUCGCAAGUUGAUGGUGGUGUAGAAGAUUUUGCUGAUCAGCAUGGAGAAGGAGGUGAGGGACGAAAAGAAAAAGAGGAAAUAGGGGGCGCACAUCCUGAGAAGCAACUAGGAUCUGGAGGUCAUGGUAAAACGGGAGGUCAAGGCCGCUGCACUUGCCAGUAUCCGACAGACUUGAAACCAGUUACAUCUUCGGCGUGUUCCAAAUUUUUGCAGAAAGCUAUUCGAGCAGCCGUAGCGAAGUACAUAGAGCAAGGCUCCUCUGUCUCAAGCAGCUGUUGCUCUGGUGUGCCUGGAAGAACUUACCCGCAUCAUACACCUCUGCUGCAUGUCGGGCGUGGAAUAUCGUGAUGCGACACUUGCACUAGGUGAUCAUUCAGACUUUGAAAAAUUUGGAUCUUCAGUCAUAUAGAAUUCCUUGCUAUUCUUGUAAAAUUUUUUAAUCCUUCCUCGAUGUUCGUCGAAUACGCGUACGUGGCUGUCAUGUCUAAUGCACCAUCAUGGACGCACAUUCUCUUGGCGAAUAUUUACUACAACCAGUGUGAUGAAACGCCAUAUCAAAGAACGAUAAGUGCAUGUACAUGUACUACA